AUGGAAACAUUCAAGAGAUUGACUCCAAAAGAUAAACAUGGAUCAAAGUCAGCAUUCACUGUUAGGUCACCUCCAAUGACUGGUGAUGAUAAAACACAACAGAAUAACAAUAAUAAUAGUGUGGUCAAUGGAUCGGAUUUCCCAUCACCGCCAACAUCACCUGCGAGACCAUCUUCGCCACCACCUUCCACCUCGUCCACAUCAACUUCGACUACAUCAACUUCCACGACUACAACAUCAUCAUCAUCGACAUCGAAAUGGAAGAGAUUAUUCAAGAAGAAGGAUAAAGACAAGUCAUCAUCAUCCAAUCUCAACGAUCAACAGCCACUCGAGUUCAACCCAUCAUCCAGUGAUCUAAAAGGAAUAUCACAGAACUGGGCACAUACAUUGAAGAAGUCUGCUAGCAAGUUGGUUAGAAGAAGGAAGGAUACGACAGCACAGAGGUUUAAUAGGGAUGGAACAUCAAUGAAUGAGGACCAGAUGAAUGGUCCAAUAGUCAACUCAAUGUCAACUCCAAACUUAGCCAAUCACACUGACAUACAAUCGCCACCAGUGCAAGGUCAGAGGCAACAUAGUCGAGGUGGAGGUGGGGAUGAUGCCGCCACAUCAUCAACAGCACAUGGUACCAACAACAGGACAAUCACAAAGUUGCUGAAGCGUGGCAACUCAACAUUAGUACGAACUUUAUCAUUGGACAGUCUACGCAGCAGCAACAACAACAACAACAACAACAAUAAUGGUACCAUCAAGGACAAGAAUGGACCACAUGGCCAUGGCCACGGACAUGGACAUGGACACAAGGAUAAACUUGGACAGAAUAUUGGAAAUCCAACGGCCAUGCGAAGAGAGAUACAUAUUACAUGGAAUCAGAUGACGGGCCAGUUUGAGGGCGUGCCAGACGAGUGGUCUAACCUGGUGCAAAAGGUGACUAGUGACAAGUUGGACAAGACAUGGUCGGACCGUCGGAGAUGUCUAAACGACGAGUUGGCCAAGUGUGAGAAGGAAGAGAAGAAUAGAAGAGUGGUACGCGAUCGUCGCGAGAGAGCCAGGCUGCACCGUGAAGAGCGCAGGAACAGUGUAUUCGUGCCGCGUGGCAAGGGCGACCCCACUCCGCAUCCCUCAUCAUUCAACAAUCAAUCCAAAGUCGUCAUCCCUCAAGUAUCACUAUGGUGUAUCAGUGGCAAUGAAGUGUUCAAGGCCACAAAGGUCGCCUUAUCACCUCAAUCACUUAGCCGCAAUGAUGUGUUUGUGUUAGACUGUGGACAAAGAGUGUAUGUUUGGAUAGGACCAAACUCAUCGAUCAAGAAACAGGUGCGCGGACUGGAAAUAGCGUCCAAGAUCAAGUAUGAGAGCCAGGUCAUCGUCGAGCCAAUAUCGAUCGAGAUACUUAUUGAUGGCGACCGAUCGCCAGCCUCAUGCGACCAGCUCACCAACUUCCUCGCACUGCUCAAUGGCGGCGCUGUGGGCGACGACCAGGUGGUCGACCUGGCAACGUUCGAGCUGACGCGCGACGGAGCCUCGGACGAGGAGAUCCGCACCAUGGAGGACGCCACCACAUGGCUGUACCGCGUGAGCAAUCAUGGCAAGAUAUCGGCGAUCGAUGUCAAGCCCCUGGUCCCCACAUCGCUCAACUGCAACACUUGUUUCAUACUCGACUGCGAGACGGACAUCUUUGUGUGGAACGGACGCCGCUCGCACCCACUUCAGCAGCGCGUCGCACUGAUCUUUGCCAAGGAGUUCCUGCACAUCUUUUCGGACCGCCCGGCAUGGGCCACCGUGCACAUCGUGCAUCAAGACGAGGAGGCAUGGGAGUUCAAGGAGCGAUUCCUGUACUGGCUCGAGGAGGAGUCAGUCAUCGACACGACCAAGCGCAACACGAUCCGCGGCAAGGAUGCCGUGGCGCACGUGCCCUUCCCACCAAUCGCGCUCGAUGCGCAGUACCUCGUGUCGGACCUCCAGUCGCCGGCCUUCUCAGACACGGCCCCGGCGCCUCUGCUCGAGACACGUCGCGGCAAGGCCGUGUACACACAUGUCAACCUCGACCUGUGGCGUUGUGAGGCCGAUACGUGGACCAAAGUGCCGACCGCGCUGCACGGCCACUUCUCAGCGUCGCGGGCCUACGUCUGCCACCACAUCUAUAUGCUGGACGACACAUAUCACUCGCGAGCAUACUUCUGGCAGGGCGCUGAGGCGUCGAUCAAGUGGUGGAUCGUCUUCCAAUUUGGCCUGUACAAGGAGCUGCACAACACAAUGGUCGAGCUUGGCGUGGCUACGCCACCGCCAACCGAGUGCCUCACGCAGCACAAGGAGAGCGGCCAGUUCAUACAUUUGUUCGCCGAUCGUCUGAUCGUGCACCGAGAGUCAGCCCAACUCGAGACACACAUGCUCUACCAGUUGGCUGCGACACCCUGCGGCCAGUUUGUCAAGUGCGCACAGUUCCCGCGCUUCAACCUGUCGUGCCUAAACAGCAGGCAUGUGUUCAUACUCUACAACGUGGCACUCAAGACUUCAUUCAUUUGGUAUGGGCGCGCAUCUAGCAAGGUGGUGCGCGACGAUGCCCCCGAGACAGCGCGACUCAUUCAUCAGUACAUCAACCGCCACGCGAACGACGACGCUCACGACUUCAACCUUCAGGUGCCGUGUGAGGAGGGCAAGGAGCCCAAGUCAUUCUGGAAACAGUUUGGCUCGUACGACCCUCGCCUUGACCAGGCCUCGCUCAUGACCUCCUACACAGACCUCUCACUUGCACAGACCAGCCACAUUCGAUCGUGCUAUGACGUGGCAGCGGCCUCGGGUACAGCGGGUCCAUCAGUGGCCUCGACCUCGAUCACGACCCCCACAACGCCCAAGUUCUACCACAUAUACUAUCACUCGCGACUGAGGAAGUACGUUGUGACCAAGAUCAAGCCUUUCUGUCAGAGCGAUCUGAGCACGGAGGACGCGUUCGUGUUGGACUGCCACUCAAAGUUGUUUGUUUGGCUGGGUCCACAGUGUUCGAGGCGCAAGCGCGAGACCUCUGAAGCUUUCGCGAGACAAUACAUCGCCGAGUCGAUCACUGGACAUUCAGUGGACACCCCUGUCGCGGUCGAACUAUGCGGCGCAGAGUCGUUCGAGUUCCGCUCUUACUUUGAAGCGUGGAACGAUGCUCAUGUGCCACAAAGUCUGCGAAACAACGCACCACAGGCCCUGGUGGGAACGGGUGCCGAGCACCGCCUGCUCAACAGCAUUGCCAGCGAUCAGAUCCAGGUCGACGACCUGGCCAACGUUGACUCGAGCGAUGAUGACGAGGCCCCUGCAGCCGCCUCCUCAACAUCGGCCAACCAAUCGCCAAGCGGAAGUCCGCGAACCAGCAGCGCCAGUCGCAUGGAGAAAUGGGAGAUUGAGCUCGAGGGCGAGAUGGAGCGACUCAAGAAGCGUGGUGGACCAAGUCCACAUCGCAGCCGCGCUGGCACCCCCACCAUGAUGUCGAUGCCCGAUCUCAGGCUGAUGGAGGCGUCGGCAUCUGCUCAGAAUGGCGGCGUGCGAAAGACUUCAAAGCCACCUACGUCUGCUGUGGACCUGUCCAAGUACGUCCCCUCCCCACUGUCCAUCCCAGGAUCAUUCUCAUCGUCCUCAAUAUCAUCACUUUCCGUUGCCAGUGAGGAUGACGAGAUGUCGCCACGAUCGACCGUCAACCUGCCCAACUCACCAGUGAGUGCAGUCGACUCUCCUCAGACCAGCGAGCAACCAGGAACGAUGAGCCCAAGGGGCUGGCCAUCAUCGCCCCAAUUGUAUAGUAAGCCAUCAUCGAUGCGAUCGCCACCAUCACACUCACGCACAUGGGCCAUGUCUGGAGAGUUGGAGGCAGAGGUGUCCAAGCUGGAAGAAGAGCUCGUGCGUCUUGACGCCCUGCCAAUCAAGAUGCCCCUCAAGGAUGCCACAAUGGUACCAGACUCUCAGGGCGUCCAAGAGGAUGACCUGAUACCCGAGCCAGCAAAGUUGGAUCGUCCAUCACAUCAAUCAGAGAACGAGCAUGUUGCGGCAUCGGCGAUCAAUCACGAGACAUCAGUGUCUGAGGUUGAGUCCAGCCAGGAUGAUCAAUCACAGAUACAGCCAGAACAGCCACAGCAACAGGCGAGGGCCAAGCCCCCACCAAUCCCACCAAGAACAUUUAUCAGUCUUGUUGAGAGUGCAUCGUUGGAGUCAUCCACCAGUACAUCACCAUCUCACUCUCAAGGCUCAACACCAAGGUCCAGACCAAAGCCAUUGCCCAGACCACCCGGUGGUCCAUUGUCACCUCGCAGUCCAAACUUGGCAUCAUCGAUGUCGCCCUCGCCCUCGUCACCGAUCAGCAUCAAUGGCAACAGCUCACCAUCGUCAAUUUCCACCAGCAGCUCACCAUCACUGUCUAGUAGCAGCUCACCUGCCUUGUCCUACAGCAGUAGCUCACCAUUGUCCAGCAGCCCACCUCCCAGCAGCAGCGUACUCGCAACACCAGCCCCACCCACAAGUUCAAGCUCAAGCGGCACAAGUACCAAUAAGUCAGACAGGCCAAAGAGCAGGUUCAAGAUUGUCAACCCACUCAACAAGAUCAAGUUGCCUCCUCCCCCACCCGCCGCAACAGCAACAGCAACAGCAACACCAGCGCCAGCAGCAGCACCAGCAACACCAGCAACACCAAUAGAUAUCAAGACCAAGGAAUCGACUGAUGUUGGCAACAGCAAGGGUAAAGGAAGUAUGAGUGGCGGUCACACAGGUGGUGGUAGCAGUGCCGGAUCGAUCAUUAGCCGUUCAUUUGGAAGCAUCAAGUCGAAUCCAUUCAUGCAGAGACAUAAUAGUCAUAGCAGCAAGUCCCCUGACAUGUCCGCCUCAUCAUCAUCAUUGGACAAGGACUUGUCAACCAAGCCACCAACACGCAAACCACCAGUGCCCUCACAGACAGUUCGCGAGCGUAUUCAACAUCAUGAGAAGAUAUCGACCAGUCAGAGCCAGCUGGGCGAAGCGCAAUCUUAUGGCUCACUGCACUCGCCACUAAAGAAGCAACCAGCUGCUGGCCAACAGUCGAUACACAACAUGUUUGUGCCACCCGUGCCCACCCGUCCACUUCCACCCGCGCCACCACCUCGUGCACAAGUUACUCAAUCUGAUGGCGCCACACUGACUUCCCAAGACUCAACAACUACCAAGUCAUAA